ACACACACACACACACACACACACACACACACACACACACACACUGUGUAUUAUUACAUCACUCAUUGCUGUCGUCAUGCCAACGCUGAGCUGCAGCUCCUCAAACGGUCAAAGUGAAUCUGCUUCCUCAAAGUUAAAGUUUAUUAAACAGAAAACUGUUGAAUGUGAUAAACGUCCCGUCAGCGCCCCCUGUGGACGGAACCACACACUGCAGCACUCUGCUUUAAUGAAAACAUACAUGGUAGAAAUAAUGACCAGGUGGUUAGAGGAGCUGAAGUAAAGGAGGGAGUCUGAGUCCAGAUUUAAUGAAUGAGGAGACCCACGGAGGUGAGACUUAACGACUGAGGGACUUAAAGUGACAGUGAGGAUCAGUUAUCUGGUUCUGAUCCGGUCCCAGUUUAGUCCUGAUCCUCUACAGACCUCCAUCAGUAAACCAGACCAUCAGAGAGAAGAUCGUCUGUUUCUAUAAAGUUAUUCUUAAAGCUCGUCAUCGGAGCCACCGGGUCGGAUUCUGGAGAAACCAGAUGAAAUCAUGAAGGUUCACCAGAAACCUCCAGCAGAGACCAGUCCACCGUGGACAGACCCAGAUCCAGCAGAGACCAGUCCACCGUGGACAGACCCAGAUCCAGCAGAGACCAGUCCACCGUGGACAGACCCAGAUCCAGCAGAGACCAGUCCACCGUGGACAGACCCAGAUCCAGCAGAGACCAGUCCACCGUGGACAGACCCAGAUCCAGCAGAGACCAGUCCACCGUGGACAGACCCAGAUCCAGCAGAGACCAGUCCACUGUGGACAGACCCAGAUCCAGCUUCACCUCAGCCUUUAAGAGCUCAGCUCCUGGCAGCAGCAGCGUCUCUUCCUCCUCUCCUCCUCUUCCUCCUCCUCCUAGUAAUAAAACACCUGAGAGAGAGAGAGCAGGUGAAGUAGCUCUAAGUCCUGCUAAGAGGAUCUGCCUGUGCACACACACACUCACACACACACACACACACACACACACACACACACACACACACACACACACACACUCACACACACACACACACACACACACACACACACACACACACACACACACACACACACACACACACACACACUGUAAGCUGAGCUUUGCGUGCUGAGGAUCAGAGUCUGAUGUGGUCGUGGUGUUGAACAGAGAGGAUGAUGGGAGCUGACGGAGGCUCGGUGGGGACGAAUCACAACUGACCUCUGAACCAGAGAGACACGCUGAACCCCGUAAACUGUCUGUGUGUGUGUGUGUGUGUGUGUGUGUGAGAGAGUGUGUGUGUGUGUGUGUGUGUGUGUGUCAGGUGUCAUGGACGCUGUGGAUCCGUCUCCUCUGAGGCGUUUUGUCCUGGCGAAGCGUUCGAUCACCUCCAUCUUUGAUCAGCUGCUGGACUUUGUGAAGGAUGGCUCCGCCUUUGUGGACGAGGCGUGGCGAGGAGACGACCCGGGUCACGUGGCCGUGGAGGAGCAGAGUCUGGAGCUGCAGAGCUGUUGCACCAAACUGUGGACCAUCAGGGAGGUUCUGCUCCGGAGACACAUGAAGGUGGCCUUCUUCGGCAGGACGAGUAACGGUAAGAGUACGGUGAUCAACGCCAUGCUGAGGGACCGCGUGUUGCCCAGCGGCAUCGGUCACACCACCAACUGUUUCCUGAGGGUGGAGGGAACGGACGGAGACGAGGCGUACCUGACCACCGAGGCGUCCGACGACAGGAGGAGCGUCACCACGGUGAACCAGCUGGCCCAUGCGCUCCACAUGGAUCCCACUCUGGACUCUGGCAGUCUGGUGAAGGUCAUGUGGCCUAAAAGUCGCUGUGCUCUGCUGAGAGACGACCUGGUGCUGAUGGACAGCCCUGGCACUGAUGUCACUCUGGAGUUAGACAGCUGGAUCGAUAAGUUCUGUCUAGACGCUGACGUCUUUGUUCUGGUGGGAAACGCUGAGUCAACGCUCAUGAACACGGAGAAACUUUUCUUCCACAAAGUCAGCGAGAGAAUCUCCAAACCGAAUAUCUUCAUCCUCCACAACAGAUGGGACGCUUCAGUGAGUGAACCUGAAUACAUCGAGGAGGUGAGGAAGCAGCACCUGGACCGCUGUGUGAGUUUCCUGGCUGAGGAGCUGAAGGUGGUUGGCCUGGACGAGGCUCCAGGGAGGAUCUUCUUCGUCUCGGCCAAAGAGGUCCUGAGCUCCAGGAUGCACCGAGCACAGGGCAUGCCUGAGACAGGUGAGACAGACCCGUGUCUUCCUGCAGGUGGCGCUCUGGCUGAAGGUUUCCACGAGAGACUGAGAGAGUUCCAAACGUUUGAGAGGACGUUUGAGGAGUUCAUCUCUCAGUCUGCAGUGAAGACCAAGUUUGAGCAGCACACAGUGAGAGCAUGGCAGAUCACUGAGGCCAUCAAAGCGGUGAUGGACGCCAUCAACAUCGCCUCCGCCGACAGGAAGAUAUGCUGCCUGGAGGAGCGCGAGGAUCAGAGGGACCGGCUGGAUUUUGUCAGAGGACAGAUUAACCGUCUGACCGACAACGUCAAAGAGAAGAUCAAGACCCUGACCGAUGAUGUCACUGCCAAGGUUGCUACAGCGCUGUCCGAUCAGAUCCGCUCUCUUCCUGUUCUGGUGGAGGAGUUCAGAGCCGAUUUCAGCCCCACACAAGAAACUCUGGAGCUCUACAAAACUGUGCACCACAGACAGAGCUUUAGUAGUCCUCUGUCUGCUCUGGUUCUUCAGAAGCUGCUGCAGCACGUGGAGGAGAGGCUGGUCGGCUGUUUGUCUCACCGCUGCUCCGUCAGCGUCCUGCGUGACGUCAGAGACGCCCAGACACAAAUGAUCGACAGCGUCCGUCCUCUGCUGUCUCUGUCCGUCCACGAGCAGCUCUCCGCUCCCUCCACCUCCUUCGUCCUGACCUACGACCUCGGCCUCGUCGCCCUCUGUGCAGAUUUCCAUGAGAACAUUGAGUUCCGGUUCUCUCUGGGCUGGGCGGCCCUCGUCACCCGCUUCAUCGGCGCCGCCAACGCCAAGCGGGCGCUGAGCGGCUCCGACUCCCGCCUGACGGAAAGCUCCACCUUUAAGGACGGGAUGGCGGUUUCCAUAGCGACAGGUCUGGUCUCCGUCACCUCCCGAGCGUCCAUGACGGUGCUGGUGAUCGGUGGAGUGGUGUGGCGUUCGGUGGGCUGGCGUCUCCUCGCUCUCUCUCUCUCUCUCUACGGUCUCCUCUACCUGUACGAGAAACUCACCUGGACGAACGCCAGCAGAGAGCGUGCUCUGAAGGGACAGUUUGUGGAACACGCCGCCCGCCGGCUGAGAGCCGUCGUCCCCGUCGCCAGCUCCGCCUGCAGCCAGCAGGUGCACAGGGAGCUGUCCUCCACCUUCAGCCGGCUGACGCAGAGAGUGGACCUGAGCGAGGCGGAGCUGGAGGGAAACAUCCGGCAGCUGAGCUUCAGGAUCCAGAGACUGGAGAACAUCCAGAAGAGGUCCAAGGCCUUCAGGAACAGAGCCACGGAGCUGGAGACUCAGCUGGAGGUCUUCUCUGCUCAGUACCUGCAGGGCCUCUGAGCCUCCGCCUCACAGCCAAACUUUAUUGAUCCUGUUCUGACUCACAGUGAAACUUUAUUGAUCCUGUUCUGACUCACAGUGAAACUUUAUUGAUCCUGUUCUGACUCACAGUGAAACUUUAUUGAUCCUGUUCAGACUCACAGUGAAACUUUAUUGAUCCUGUUCUGACUCACAGUGAAACUUUAUUGAUCCUGUUCAGACUCACAGUGAAACUUUAUUGAUCCUGUUCAGACUCACAGUGAAACUUUAUUGAUCCUGUUCAGACUCAGUGAAACUUUAUUGAUCCUUCAGUCGUAGCAGCUGUUAGUGGUGACUGGAGUCGUAGUCACAGUGGCAAUAAUCCAUCAUUUAGGGAUGAAAUAUAGAAUAUUCACAGAUGAAUCGUUGAGUCUCUUCAGCGUAGACUGAGUCCUUCAUAUCUCCACACAGGGAGCAGCUCUUCUUCACAGUCCUCCAUGUUUUUACCUGCAUGUUCGACAGCGGCCCAGAAGGGUCAAUCUGAACUCUGGCUCGAGAGAGACUUUACAUCCAAGGACUUUGAAGAAGUAGAAGAAGAAGUAGAAGAAGAAGAAGUAGUAGAAGAAGAAGAAGUAGAAGAAGAAGAAGAAGAAGAAGAAGAAGUAGAAGAAGAAG